AUUAGCCCAGCCCCACGGUCCCCGCCCGGCUGUCUAUGUUCAUCGCGCCGAUGGCCUACGCCCCGCAAAUCCGCAAUCCCAUCCAGGUUCAGCCCAGCCUUUUUAUAAGAGCCGGCCCUCCCAUGCGAUCCACGCCGCAGCCACUGCGAAGCUCGCGACGCGAGCGCAAAUCAAAACGAGGCAAAACGAAAGCACCCCGCAUUAUAAGAGGAGGAGGAGGUGGUGGUGGUGGUGGUGGAGGCGGCGGCGGCGGCGGGGAGGUGCCACCGAAUCGAGAAGCAGCUGAGCCAUGGCGACGCAGGCCGCCUUCCUCGCGACGCUCCCGCGGCUCGCGCGGCCUGGCCGCGACAGCGCCGGGGUGGCGCCGGCGCGGGUGGGCGUGGCGGCGGCGGGGGUCGCCAAGGCCGGUGCGGACGCGGUGCGGGCGGGCGCGGCGGUGGCGGGGAGACCCAAGGCGGUGGCGCGCGGGGUGCGGUGCCGGGCCAGCCUGAUCGAGCCCGACGGGGGCCGGCUGGUGGACCUGGUGGCACCCGAGGAGGGCGGGCGGCGCGCGGCGCUGCGGCGGGAGGCGGCGGCGCUGCCGCACCGCGUGCGCCUGGGCCGGGUGGAGAAGGAGUGGGUGCACGUGCUGAGCGAAGGGUGGGCGAGUCCGCUGCGUGGCUUCAUGCGCGAGCACGAGUUCCUCCAAGCACUUCAUUUCAACGCCAUCCGCGGCGAGGAUGGCAGGAUGGUCAACAUGUCCGUCCCCAUCGUGCUCACCGUCGGCGACGCCCAGCGCCGGGCCAUCCAGGCCGACGGCGCCACACGCGUCGUGCUCGUCGACGACCACGACCGCCCCGUCGCCGUCCUCAGCGACAUUGAGAUCUACAAGCACAACAAGGAAGAAAGAAUAGCAAGGACAUGGGGGACAACUGCACCUGGAUUGCCUUAUGUAGAGGAGGCAAUCACCAAUGCUGACGACUGGUUGAUUGGUGGGGACUUGGAAGUUAUUGAACCAAUCAAGUAUAAUGAUGGUCUUGACCAGUAUCGCCUGUCCCCGGCACAGCUGCGUGAAGAGUUUGCCAGGCGCAAUGCUGAUGCAGUAUUUGCUUUUCAGCUUCGCAAUCCAGUACACAACGGGCAUGCUUUGCUUAUGACAGACACACGCAGACGCCUCCUCAAGAUGGGUUACAAAAACCCUGUUCUUCUGCUUCAUCCAUUGGGAGGAUUCACAAAAGCAGAUGAUGUACCUCUUAGUUGGAGAAUGAGGCAGCAUGAGAAGGUUCUUGAGGAAGGUGUCCUCAACCCAGAAUCAACAGUUGUUGCAAUCUUCCCCUCUCCAAUGCAUUAUGCUGGGCCGACUGAGGUGCAGUGGCAUGCCAAGGCUCGUAUUAAUGCUGGUGCAAAUUUCUAUAUUGUUGGAAGGGAUCCUGCUGGUAUGAGCCAUCCCAUAGAGAAAAGGGACCUUUAUGAUGCUGAUCAUGGAAAAAAGGUUUUGAGCAUGGCUCCUGGCCUUGAGAGGCUCAAUAUCCUUCCUUUCAAGGUGGCUGCAUAUGACACAAAGCAAAAGAAAAUGGAUUUCUUCGAUCCAUCAAGGAAAGAUGAUUUCUUGUUCAUCUCUGGCACAAAGAUGCGCACUCUUGCCAAGAACCGCGAGAGUCCCCCAGAUGGUUUUAUGUGCCCGGGUGGAUGGAAAGUCCUCGUUGAAUACUAUGACAGCUUGGUGCCAUCAGAGGGCAACAGCAAACUGCGUGAGCCAGUUGCAGCCUAGAAGCUAGAAAAUGCUUCACAUAAGUAAUACUACGAUAUCAUGCAGGCGGUUCUUUGCAGCAUAGAACCAAUGUUAUGAUUGUAUACCUGUCGUAAGACUCAAAACAUUGGGCUUGAUUCGGACAUUACUGUGUGGUAUGUAACUGGUGUGUGUGCCCCAUUGCUGGCAGUGUUGCACUGGAGCCCGUCAUGUGUUUGAUGUCAAUAAGGAUGGGUUCUGUAUCCUCUGCCAUAUUGUACAUAUGCAAUGUCGUGAUGUAUUUAUCUAAGGCUUGAUAUGUUUGCUAAGGUA